GCUUUGAGUUGCUGUUGAUACCGUGUUCUUCUGAUCUGUGAUCAGAGAUGUCUACCCACAUGUUAUGCAGUCGUUUGCUACACAUGUUGCAGAGGAAAUUUAAUAUGGCCUUGUAGAAUUGACCAUUGAAGAGUUUAUGAUGUCCACAGGUACAAGUGGGAAAAAAUCCUAUCAGGCUGUGAGCCUAGAAGGAGUUGACCCAGAAACAUGUAUGAUAGUGUUUAAAACUCACUGGGCACAGGUUGUGAAAAUCUUAGAGAAGCAUGACCCUUUAAAAAAUAUUCAAGCAAAAUAUGGGACAAUUUCUCCAGAUGAGGCCAGCACUGUGCAGAACUAUGUAGAACACAUGCUCUUCCUUUUAAUUGAAGAACAGGCAAAAGAUGCAGCAAUGGGACCUAUCCUGGAGUUUGUGGUGACCGAGAAUAUAAUGGAAAAGCUUUUUCUUUGGAGUCUCAGGCGGGAAUUCACUGAUGAGAUGAAAAUUGAGCAACUGAAAAUGUAUGAAAUGCUUGUCAUACAGUCUCAUCAGCAGCUGCUGCAUCACAAACCCAUCCUAAAACCAUUAAUGAUGUUGCUGAGUUCCUGCUCAGGAACUACCACACCAGCCGUUGAAGUAGAGCUGGUGGUUCUUCUUAACCAGCUAUGCUCAAUCUUAGCCAAAGAUCCAUCCAUUUUGGAACUUUUUUUCCAUACUAGUGAGGACCAAGGAGCUGCAAACUUUCUUAUUUUUUCUCUCUUGAUUCCUUUUAUCCAUCGAGAAGGGACUGUUGGCCAACAGGCUCGUGAUGCACUACUUUUUAUAAUGUCUCUUUCUUCAGAAAGUUGCGUGGUUGCUCAACACAUAGUAGAAAAUACUUAUUUUUGUCCGGUGCUAGCAACAGGCUUAAGUGGUCUCUAUUCAUCUUUGCCUACAAAACUGGAAGAUAAAGGAGAAGAAUGGCAUUGUCUCCUAAAAGAUGAUUGUUUUCUUUCUCCAGCUCUUGUACAAUUUAUGAAUUCUUUUGAAUUCUGCAAUGCAGUGAUUCAGGUGGCACAUUCCUUGAUUCGCAACCAGCUUGUAAACUACAUUUAUAAUGGAUUUUUGGUUCCAGUUAUGGCCCCAGCUCUCCAUAAGGUGACAGUGGAAGAAGUGAUGGCUACAACUGCAUACCUGGAUCUCUUUUUGCGGAGUGUUUCUGAGCCAGCCUUACUCAAGAUCUUUCUCCGUUUUAUCCUUCUGCAUUGUCAUGAGAAUGUGCACAUCCUGGACACUCUUGCAAGCCGGAUAAAUACUCCAUUUCAGCUUUGUGUGGUGUCCUUGGCAUUGUUCAAAACACUUAUCAGUUUGCAUUGUGAAGAUGUGAUGCUGCAGCUAGUUUUAAGGUACCUGAUACCGUGUAAUCACAUCAUGUUCAGCCAGAGAUGGGCUGUGAGAGAACGAGAUUGGUAUUCUGUAUCUGCUGCUAAGCUUCUUGCCUUGACUCCUGUUUGUUGUUCAAGUGGUAUUACUCUGACUUUUGAAAAGCAACAAAAAGAUUAUAUUCUCUGGAAAAAAAAAAAUCUUGAGUCAGAUUCCACCAAAGAGCCCUCCAGGAAAAGCAUUGCAGACUCCACAUGUAUUGUGAAAUACGGGGAAACUGUUGAUAUCAGUUACCUGCAAUACCUUUGGGAUGCUCAGACUCUCAUACUGCACUGUAUGAAAGAUUGUGAAGUUUGGUCUGCUCCAUAUGAUGGGGAAAAUCCCAGUCCAUAUACCUUUAUCCAAACUCCAGCUGAAGAAGAUGGCAAAAACCUAGAUCAGCCUAUUUUCCAACUGCAAUGCAGAACACCUAGUAAUCAUGUUUCUUCUCAGGUGACACCACUGAGAGAAAAGACACAACUGGAACUGGAAUGGGAUGAUAGCUAUGACACUGGGAUCUCUCCUGGAUCUGAUACAGGGUCUCCCCAACAUGAUGUUGAUUUUAAUACCCAACCUCCUGCAAAACCACCAAAGCACAUUCAAGAAAUGAAGAAAAAUGCUAUCAUGUUGGUCAAAGGAUCUUAUAUAGAGGAAUCAGACUUUCAGGAUGAUGUCAUGGUGUAUAGGCUAUGUGCUGAAAAGGAUGCACAAGAAGCAGACAGCUUAAAGGGGAAACCUUUAAUACCAGAAGCUAAAGAUGUAGAUAAUCCAGAUGCUAUCUCUACCAAUGGUCCUCUUAAAAGUCCCCUACCAGAUUUAAAUUUAGAAGAGCACAAUAUGAAAAAUUUAAAUCUGAUCCAACAAGCAAAAGAUGAAACCCAAGGCAGCAUUGAUGAAACAACUCUGCAACCUAAUUUGGAACAGACAUUGUCUUCCUCAGAAGGAGAUCAUAACACUAACAUGAAGUUGUUGAGUCCAGAUAGUGAAGAUUUUAUUUCCGAAUGUGAUAAUAUCAUUAAAGAACUGGACUCAAACCCUACAGGCUUGAUAGAACUGAAACUGCUUAUUCCUGAUUCAAUAUCCCCUGUUGAAGAAGAAGAAGACUUUGAAAACUUUUCAGCAGAUACUCCAUCAGCAGAAAGUAUGCCCUCACCCUUUGGAUCAAAAGAUGCCUGGCCCAGCAAUCCUGCAAGAUUCCAGAGUAUCCCAUUUACAGGACCAUUUAUUAGUGUGGUGCUAUCAAAACUGGAAAACAUGUUGGAAAACUCCUUGCAUGUAAAUUUGCUGCUUAUUGGAAUAAUUACUCAUCUGGCCAGUUACCCACAACCUCUUCUUCGUUCCUUUCUGCUCAAUACGAAUAUGGUAUUUCAGCCUAGUGUGCGGUCUCUGUACCAGGUGCUGGCAUCUAUAAAGAACAAAAUCGAGCAGUUCGCUUCCAUUGAAAAAGAUUUCCCUGCUCUCCUUAUACAAGCACAAAAGUACCUGCUUUUACGAGUAGAUGCAUUGGAUAUUCCUUUAGAAUCAUUAAAUAAAGACAAUGGACAGCAGAAGAGCAUCACAGGAAAAGUUAAGAACCUCUCAGAGGCAUCCCAAGCCCUCCUCCAGACGUAUUUGGGAAAUAAAGCAAAAAAAAGCACUGUUCUUCCCAAAGUUCCCUUGCACAUUUCAAACGCCAUCCUUGCUGCUGCUCUCUUCCCAGAGUUUCUCAAGGAGCUAGCAGCUCUUGCACAGGAACAUUCAAUUCUGUCUUACAGAUUAUUGGGUGAUUUUGAGGAUUACUACCCAUUCUAAAACUUCUAAAAAUAUUUUUUCACUUUCGUUUUAAACACAGAACUACUUAUAAAACCAAUUUGAACUUCAUAUUCCUGGUACUACUUGAUUCAGGAUAAAUGGUUACAUUUUUAGGUUGUGCCUCAUUUUCAUAAGAAAUUGAUUAGUAAUGAAACCAAUACUUUAUUUACAUCUUUGAUUUGGAUAACUUUCAGAUUUUCUUUUUUAAAUUUUGCUUUUGACCCUUUGGGUUAAAAAGAUACAGUUAUAUAAAAAAAGUAAAAAAUUUUUAUCUCUUUUCUUGGAAAAGAUUCAUUAAGGAAAUAAUUGCAAGACCAGCAUGACAAUCCAAUAAGACUCUAGAUAACUGUUGAAAGGGGAGUCAGCAAUCUUCUUUAUAAAUUCUACUUUACUAGAGAUUAGACUUGUGAAUCCAAAUGGAUUCAUCCUGAGCCUGUGAUUUGCUGAAAGCAGGUGCUGAACACAUGCCAUAUUGCCUUAUGUUGUGGACAAGUCUGGUACUCUCAGCUGUUGACUCCUUUGAAAUUUAGAUUAAAUGAGUAAGUGGAUGUUGAGUGCAGACUGCAGAGUAUUUUCUUACCAUUCCUUGGUAUUCUUUGAAAAUACUAUAUUGCUGCUAAAAUACUCAAGCCUUAUUUUAAUAAAAUUUGCACAGGGCAAAAUAUUUCUAUGCAAGCUGUAACUAUUUUUGUGUGUGUGUGGAAUGUGUUUGUAUACUUUGUUGACAAGCUAAAAAGUAAAUGUAUUGGCAGUCUUAAAAAUUUAAUUAUUUCUGAAAAUUGUGACUGUAUAUUUUGUAAGUCAUUUAAAAAAAAAAAAAGAAAAUGGUAGGUCUCCAAACUGUUUUUGUUAAAAUUUGAUUUGGUUUAAGAAAACUUUUGUGGUACAUUCAUACAUUGGUAAGUAAUACUGAUGUACACUGAUCUGUUGCAAGAUUGCACUUUAGAGAAGUGGCUUUCAUAUAUUAGUCUACUAGAAUUAGAAAAAAGUGUUUUCUGAGAUACAUGCGCUGCAACCUGUUACAAUUGGUGUUCAAUUGCUUAAGAACAUUUUCUUUUUUGAGUAAUGAAACUCAUUAGAAGAGUCCAGACAUGAUGAAUUGGUGUAUUAUAGCUGCAUUCCAGUUUGUGCUAGUAAGAGUAAUUGUCCUUCCAGUGCUGAAGCUAACUUUGAACAAUGAGUGGCCCAACAUUUGAAAGUCUACAUUUUCUUUUUCAUUGGUGAAAAGGAGAAACUAUUUUAGAACAAGUGAAAAAAUGGGCAUAAAGAUCAAGCUUGAAAACAAUUCUUGUCACUUCUGUUUUUAAAUUAUAUUCGGAAGAACCAAAAAUUGCAGGGAGAAUUUGUAAUUCCUAUGAUAAAGAGUUAAAAUAAAAAUUAUUCCAUCUGUAUACAUAGAAGGUAGAGGAGAAAGUGCCUGUGUAUUUUUAAAUUCAUCAAAAUAUUGCAGGUUAUAACCAUUUUCUUACAAGUAUCUUCUUCUGCCCUAAGUGACAUGUUUGUUCAUACCAUAGUCUUUGUCCUAAGUUCCAUGUUAGUUCAUACCGUACCUCAGCUCUUCACCCUUCUUUUAGCAAGCAGAACAUGGCAGUCUUGGGCAUUUUACAUUUUUCCAUAGACUUGAAUUUAUUCUCAAAAGCAAUUCUUUUAUGUAUAACUUAUUCUAGACUAAGGAAAGAACUUAAGUAAUUAAUUGGCAUUGUACCAUCCACUCCAGAUUGAAAAAAUGUUAAGUGACUGGCUAGUUAUUUUCUGACAGGUAAACAUUUUAUCUUUGCUCCAUCUGUCUUCAACCCUAGCCAAAUCCUAGGAUAAUCUAACCACAUGUUUUCUUCAAUACCCUUCUUCCUGGGGUGUGACCUUGACCAUUUUGGUGAGCCUUGUCAUAGUUUCAUCUAGGAUUCCAUAAAUCAUAAUUAGUAACUAAUUUAUAUUGUUCAUGAUCCAGAGUAAUGUGUUGAGAUGGGCAGCCAUACAAAUUGAAUAAAUAAAUAAAACUACUUAGACCCCUUUGGGUUUACCAGCCAACCUUUAUCUGAAUAGAAAUCAGCAGUCCAUUAUUCCAUUUUCAGUAACCACCAAAGCUGUCUGAUGCACGUUAUUCAAUGUAAAAUCUCGAGCUGCCAGCCAGUUCCUCGAUACUCAGCUUUUUCCCAAAAUCCUCUAUGAUAUUAACAUGUCAUCAUGUAUUAAGUAUUUUAAAUACUUCUUCCUUUAUGUCAACUUUAUAGCUGUUCCAUCUUCUCCUAUUAGAAACUAAACUCUUAUUUUCAUAUCUUACCAACAAGCAAAGGUGAGGUAGGGGAGCAAGCAGCUUAAGUUACUUUCUCUCCUCCCAACACCCGCUCCAAAGUUUGUUCAUAGCCAGCACCAAAGCUAUGGUAGAAUUUCUUUGUAUUUACAGCAUUCCCAAUUUAGUUCAGGACAGAGAAACUGACAGUAUGUUUUUGAAGAGAAGUUGACCUAGAAUUUAAGACAAUCUGCCUGAGAGUGUAUCUUGCAUGUGUAUGCACAAGUCUUUCUGAGGAGCUAGAGUCAAGCAUAUGCCAGGAAUGUGCUUGGGUGGGAGAUUAGCAGUUAGAUGAAAAGCAAGGUGUGAGAAAAGUGUGUAUGCAGGCAGUGCAAAGAAUGUAAGACAACAAUACAGGAAGUUGAAUGUGGGAUAUGUGUUUGCCUACUGAGAGAUGAGGAAGAGACUUAAAGUCUAGCAGUCUGCAGUCAGAGAGUAUAAUGAAGUCUUGGAAUAUCAAGGAGGAAGCCUGAGCCCAUGUAGCAGGAGAAAACACCACACCCACAACUAAGAACUGGCAGGGUUGUUUAAAUCCCCUCCCAAUUGAGCAGGCACAGCUGCAAUUCCUUUAGCACAGCUGGCUGUGAUGAUGAGCAGCCAGCCAACAUAGUUUUGUUAGAGGCUUGCUGGUUACUUGUGAGUUGUUCACUCUUGUGGAGCACAGGGGUAUUGCACUAUAGUAAAUUCUGGAUAGUCUGCUCUGCUAUCUGAUGCCCACAUUGGUUGGGGAGACCUCUGUACUGGAAGAAUAAGCACAUGGCAUCAUAGCAUCUGGGGAAAUGGAGGGCUACUCACUGUAUCCUGAGACACAAAUCCUCUGCAAUGCCCAGCUUUUCCACCUUGUCAAUAGGGUUGACAACUCCUGCUCUAACCAAUUCUGUAGAUUCUCCCCACGCUCCAGUAAAUGUAUGUACAUGCAUACAUGUGCCGGAAGCCACACUUCAAAAACGGCAGGGUCUGAACAAAAAAGUAAGUUUGAAUUAAUUGAGUAACUGCUAUUAAAAUGAAUUGCAUAUAAAAUAAGGCGCUCCCACUGAUCUCCAAUCUGCAAAUAGCAACCAUUAUGCAAAAACACAUAUACAAUCUUUUCCCUCCUACCAGCAGUAGGAGGAAAAAAAGAAAAGUGGAAGUGGAAAUAAAGAGACGAGAGAGAAAGGAAGUCUAAAUGUGAAGAAAAGAGACAAGCUCCCUUCCUUGUUCCUUAAGGUCUAAUAAACCCGAGUGCUGCAUUUUUAUUCUGAAGCACUAAAAGCAGCUUAUACUUGUGAAACCAGUGUAUAUUAAUUGUAUCUCCUUUUGAAUGGAAGUAAGCUACUACUGUAGUUGCACUGCAAUAUACCUGCAAUAGCAAUUUCCCAAGAAAACAAGUUUUUUCCACUGGUGCUUUUCAUAAGUCUUAAAAAUGGCAGGGUGGAGAGUAAAAUUGACUAAUGGUUACAAAGAGCACUUAGGACAUGAUAAUUUCACUAUGUUACUUCAAGUUCAAACCAUAGCUUGUGUGAUAGGGCAACCCUGAUUUAGCAAGCAUUUCCCACGCUGCAUUCACUGUGGUUCUGUUGUGACCUUUAUGUCAGUUAGUGCUAUUGAGUUGUGUGUGGUGCUGCACACUGCAAUGGAGAAACCAUCUUGAUUUGUAUGGAGGCUGC